AUGAAGGAAGCACUCAAGGAGUGGUCUUCCAAGGACCAGGUGGAAGAACUCCGAAGAUGCUUCGAGAUCUUCGAUACCGAGAAAACAGGUUUCCUGACUCGGGAGAAGAUCACUGAGAUCAUGCGCUUCGAUGGCAACAGCUUUCCAGACGAGAAGUUGGAGGCGUUGCUGGAGAAUGCACCCUUUAAUGGUCAGGGCUAUGACUAUUCCUACAUCAUGUGCUACCUCCUGGGACCUGGGGCACCGAAGAUGCCAGAAGCUCCAGAGGGGAGAGGGCAAGGAGGGAGGGAGGAGAUCAGUGAGGAUCAGGAAAAGAAGGAAGUAGGUAUCUCAGAGACAUGCUAUGAUGCCGAACGACGCAGAAUUGGGAAUGCUUCAGGUUCUGUGCGGGUUCUGUUGGAUGUAAUCGUCUCGGUCUUCAUGAACGGCUUGACCCUGCGAUUGGUGCCAGAAGAGUUGAAAGAUAAGAAGAUGGUCAUGGAAGCAGUGCAGCAAAAUGGAAUGGCUUUGCAAGCCGCACCUGGUGCUUUGAAAGAGGAUAAAGAAAUCGUCACAGCUGCGGCCCGGAGCAACUGGAGGGCAUUUGGAUUUGCGGGUGAAGCAAUGACCGAGGAUCCGGAGAUGAAAGUCUUUGCGCGCAAGCUGGAGUUGCUUGAGCUAUUCCAGAGAGAACGGUAUGGGGAGACUGUGUUUGAGGCGGCCAUGAAGGAGUUGGAGAAUGACAGGGACGUAGCCUUGGCCGCCGUGCAAGGGAACGGCGAUUUGUUGCGGUUGGCAGCUCCGGAGUUGAAGGCCAACAAGGCGAUCGUUUUGGCCGCAGUUCGACAGAAAGGAUUAGCGUUGGAACAUGCAUCAGAUCACUGGAAGAGGGACAGAGAGGUUGUUCUGGCAGCAGUCAGGGAAGAUGCCAGGGCUUUAGGUUCUGUGCCCGAAGAAUUGACGAUGGAGAAAGAAUUCAUCAUAUCAGCCGUGCAACAGAAUCCGUUUGCCUUGCAAUAUGCAUCGAAGGAAUGGAAGGCAAACAAGGAUGUAGUUUUCGCAGCCGUGGAGAUAUGUGCUACUGCCUUGGAAUUUGCAUGUGAAGACUUGAGGACAGACGGUCAGCUCGUUGCGUCCGCAACACUGCAUCGCUUGGCAACGUGUACCAGUGACAAGGCUUUCAUGCUGGAACUAGUUCAAGUUGGGGGUUUUGCCCUGCAGGUUGCGCAUCCUGAAUUGAAACGGGACAAGGAGGUGGCGCUGGCCGCAGUUCAACAACAUGGCAGCGCGUUGGAAUUCGCGGAUGUUCAGUUCAAGCAGGACAAGAAGAUGGUCUUGGCCGCAGUUCAACAACAUGGCAGGGCGUUGGAAUUCGCGGAUGUUCACUUGAAGGCAGACCCAGAAGUGGUCUUGAACGCAGUGGUGAAUGAGAUUACGGCCUUGGAAUUUGCGUCUGAUGAGUUCAAGCAGCACUCAGUCUUCAUCCAGCAGCUGAAGGGAGACAUGAUUUCUUUACUCUUGAAGAGAGAUGGCGAAUUUGGAAAAGUCUUUGGAUGUGGUGUCCUCGAGAAGUUCCUUUCAAACCACUCGGAGGAGAGGGUGAGGAACAAGUCACGCAGGGCCUUGCAAGACAAGGACGUCGUCCUGGCCGCUGUGUCACAGAACGGCUGUGCCUUGAGAAAUGCCGCAGAGGAGUUGAGGGCGGACAAGGACUUUGUCCUGGCUGCUGUGUCGCAGGACUGCCGUGCCUUGCAAUAUGCCGCAGAGGAGUUGAGGGCGGAAAAGGACCUUGUCCUGGCUGCUGUGUCGCAGGACGGAAGUGCCUUGAAAUAUGCCGCAGAGGAGUUGAGGGCGGACAAGGACGUUUUCCUGGCUGCUGUGUCGCAGGACGGGAUCGUCAGCGCACGCUUCAGCGCCACCAUCAUCAUAUCGUGGCGAGGCCGGCUGUUGAAGUAUAUACCGGAGGAGUUGCAGAAUAACAAGAAGGUUGUCUUGACGGCGGUGGCGCAAAGUGGUGAGGCCUUGCAGUUUGCAGCAGAAAAGCUCAAGAUGGACAUGGAGGUGAUCUCAGUCGCCCUGCAACAGGAUUGGGGAGCUUGGCACUUUGUUGCAGACGAGCUGAAGAGUGACCAGGAAGUCUUGGCGCUUGGUCCCAUCAAGCACUGGCCAUCACAAGUGCAAGCACGUUAUGAGUCUUUGGAAGAUGCUCCUCCAGAGCUUCGCAGCAACAAAGGGUUUAUGAUGGCUGCAGUAAAGUCCCAUGGCUAUUGCUUGAAGUACGCAAGCGAGAACUUGAAGGAGGAUAAGGACUUGGUGAUGGCAGCCAUCAUGCAGAAUGGCACGGCAUUCAAGCUCGCUGCUCAAAAGUUGCAAAAUGACCGCACCUUCGUGCUGGAUGCAGUGUUGGCAACUCGAGCACCCUGGCUUCGACAAUACGUAUCUAGCACGCUUCAGGCUGAUAGCGUUUUUCAGCAAGAGGUGGCCAACGCAGCUGGUCAUGGCCUCGUUUUUACGUGGUACAACUCGCCAGACGUCUUCAAGAACAUGCGGAAAGAUGUGAGCGCCACUGGGGCCUCUGUUCCAGGUGGAGCUGCUUAUGACAAAGUCAUGGCAGAGUUGAAGCGCGCUGAUCGUGGCCGAACGGCCACCGUUUGGUUUGAGGAAGCUUUGGUGUUUGGUGCGACCAACGAUGCCGGGGACUGGACCCAUCCAGCUGAAGAUUGCGGGCGAGAUCGGAUUGAGGCGGUCUACCCCCCCGGCUGGGGUGAAGGCCGAAUUCAGCUCUCGGACGGCAGCAGUUUCCCCAGAGAAGCGCCGGAACAUGACUUCACAAAGAAGCCCUUGGGGCAAGGCUGCCGGCGGGCUGCCGAUUGUGAAGUCUCUUGGUCUGUGAAGUGUGCGAACUUCCAGCUUCAAGGACUGGAGCGCAAAGGGAUAUUGGCACGGCUCGCUCUUCUUCUUCGGAACCUCAGAGGUCGAAUGCUGGCAGCACUGGCCCUGGUCUGCGGAGCAUCGGAGGCCGCACGCUUCCUCCCAAAGGACUUCGAGUCUCCGCAGGCGGUCGAGAUGUCCCGGAUGACCUUCCAGGAGCAAAAUGAACUGGGCCCCGAACAGUACGGUGGGGGUGCAGGUGGUGCCUUCCCACUAGAAGCUGAGCUCUUUGGAGUAGACUUGGGUGCGGUCUUGGGAGCAGGAGCGGAAGCAGGGGAUGGUACCCUGGACUUAGGAACUGCAGCCUUGCUCGAGGGUGGUGCUUUCCCGCUUGAAGCAUCCUUAGCUACAGGAGCAGCCUUGACCUUGGCCUUGGCGGCUGCUUUCACCUGGGGGACAGCUGGAGCGCCUGCAGUAGCCUUGCUGGGGGGUGCGGCCGGUGCAGGGUUUGGUGCUGCCUUUGCCUUUGCCUUGCCAUUGGCGGGGCUGCAGGGAGCUGCAGGGCUGCCAGGUUUAGCAGCAGACUUUGGAGGCGCCUUGGCAGCCGACUUGGGAACAGCACCAAGCUUUGCGCUUGCCUUAGGACUUUUGACCGACAUGGUGUCGACGACGUCGCUACACAAGCUUUGCAAGGUCAGCAUCUUUCCAAUCGCGUGGGCAAUCCUGCAGAGGCGGCCUUGGAACGGCAUGCGCAGCUGCACCAAGAAUAUGUUGUUGCAGGGAGCCAUAUGCAUGAGAACUCCAACACUGCCGCUGAACGGCCAGACAAAGACAACGGGCAGUGGCCGGUUCGCUCCAAAAGCAGACUCAGAUCUAUUUCAAGGUGGCAGAUUUCAAGAUCUAGACAUCAUUUGGCUUUCAGGCAUCGAGCUUUGA